UUGCACCGCUAAAUAGCAGGUGUACUCUAAAGAAAAUGGUCAUACUAAUCCCGAGGCUUCAGCGAACAGAUCACAGGCACAAAGGUGAUCAAUAAUUGAGAGUUCGUGUGUGUGCAGUUUGCAUAAAUCACUCUCACGAAAAUGGCUAGGAGAACUGACCAUCUACACCUAGCUAAAAGUUUAAUGGACACUAUCAACAAACUAGCUGCAGUUCCUUUCCAAUGUCAGCCCCAAAUAUUCCUGGAUACCAGUAAGAAACCGACCUUUGCUUCUGCAACUCCUCCGCACCUGUCUGCAACCGGCAUCCCAGAAUACCCUCACUCACUAGCCGCUGAUGCAGGCCUACCGGGGUGUGAACGCGCUGCCCUGAUCACGGCGCUUCAGCAGAAUGCGAUGCUGCGAGAAAUGAUUCGUCUUGUAAUAGACUUUCUAAUGCAGGAUACUUCAGCGGAAAGGAGCACUUCGUGUGAGGGGAAAUCACAAGAUGUUUCUACCCGUGGCGGUGUGAAUCCCAACACCGUUGCCCGGCAUGCAGGCAACGUGAAAAGGUGCACAGAACAAGCAGAGCUGGCGGAUAUGAACGGAACUCCUGAGUCACCACCUCUAAGUGAAAUACAGUCUGAACACAGUGAAGGCUGCGAUGAUGAUGACGACGAUAUGGAGUAUGACAUCUUGGAAACAAUUCUCAAGGAGUUUGAUGAGACGCCAGCCGAGAUGCAGAACACAAAACAAGAAGGUGCUGACAGCGACAAGGCAAAAGCAUCCCAGGCCCAUUGUCACCCAUCAUAUCUACAGACACCACCCACCUCAAGCAGCCUGCUGAACACUGCCCAUACUUGCCACACUGCCGCCAUCGCCACUGCUGCCACUACCACUGCCACUGCCGCAGACACUUCCGCCACUACCAGCCGCCGUCACUCUGAUUACCCUACAGCACGUGGACGCCAAGCAGUAACAGCCGCUGCACUGCAAGCUAUGACGUCACUCAUGCAAAAGCAGAAUAUCUCGAACCGUCAGAGUAGUAAUGCCCUGGUUGCAACCACUACGCCAUCAAUGCUGCGUGCACACCCAUGCUCUACUCCCAGUACUUCCACCACAGCCAUCGCCAUCGCCACCACCGCUGGCACCAGCAAUAGUAGCAGUGAUAGACAAAAGAAGCAGUCUCCCUCUAAACCCAGACAGACCAGCAUAUCAUCAGCAACAUCAAUGGAGGAAGUCAGGGGAGACUCUACUGCACUUCCCGCAAUGCCUCUACGCGGAGCAUCUGCAGCGUCUGUGCCGUCCGUAUCGCCUGCCCAUGCUGCCAACGUGUGUGCAGGUAAUGUAGGUGUGGACAUCAUCACGCCAACCACACCAGUUUCAUUCAGCUGUGCUGACGGACUAUCUGCUAACUUAUCUCCACCAGUAUCAGGACCGCAAUUCUCCAACACUCUAUUCGACAAUGCUAUGGAUGAUUGCGAUCUGUUCGCCUGGUCUGACGCUUCGCCGCUAUCUCUACCUGGACAAUCAUGUGACUUGAUGAAUGAAGACUUUCACUCCCCUGCCUCGGACACAGGUUCGUCAUUUCACAUUCCAUCCUCGCAGAAUUCCCCAGCUCAACAAGUCGCCCAGAAAUCUGCGGGAGAGCAAAGUCCUGAAAGCAUCACGGUUGCUAUGCCAAUGUCAGCAACAACAGAAACGCUAAGUCCACCAGCCACACCCAGCGAUAAGUCAACACUACGCACCAGUCAUAUCAACAGCAAAGAAGCCGCCAUUGCUGACAUAGGACGAAGCCUACUGAUGACACAGCAACUCUCACAGAAUUUCAACAUGCUCCCACCAUCACCAGUACAGUUCCCGAUGCACAAAGAAGAAAACCCUGUUCAACUGUGGGAAUUUCUACUAGAGUGCCUGUACUUCGAUUGUUAUGAACACAUAAUUCGCUGGAGCAACAAAGAAGAAGGUGCGUUCAAGAUUGUCGAUUCUCAGUUGCUGUCUGGUCUCUGGGGACUCUACAAGAAACGACUGGAGAUGAACUUCGACAAGAUGUCCAGAGCCAUGCGAUACUACUACAGAAAGGACAUUCUAGAGAAGAAAUACUGUGGCAAAACAGUUCAGAGGCUGGAGUAUGUUUUCAAGGGCAAGAGCAGCUUUUCAACUUUCCGUCCACCAGCAUACGCCACACCAGGUCGGUUCUUCAGAUCUCAGGCACUGUGCUCACCGAAUCAGCUAAACUUCCCAUUCAGUCUUAACACCCUGCCACCACAGAGUGUUGGUAUGUACGGGAAUGGACUUGGCACUACCUUGCUGCCAGCGAAUGGUUUCUUCGGCAAUCUCGAUCUUCCGCAGAUCAAUGCAAGUGAAGCAAGCAAAAAUCAUCGUACCCGACCAACAAAACAAUCCAAGCAACGCUGGCUCGUGGAUCCCUACUAAGAGUGUUCCGAGCACUGCCAUACCAUGUGGAUCAGUGCUAUGCGUCCUUUAGCAAGAUACCACCACAAAUACAUGUAACAAUCACAAUCACUAGCACCAGCAUCAGUAAUCACUACACUAACAAUACAUCCAUUUACAGUAGACAAUGGUCACACUACACCACUGUCACAUUAGAACACAUGACGUUACAUAUAGUGUAGUUACCAGCAGAAGAUGCUAGUGCUAGUCACGCAAGCAGUGGACAUGUACAUCUUGAGAUCCUAUCUUUUAUGUUGAGCUGGCAUCCUUCACUUCAUCCUAUACUAUUCAAGAUGUAUCUCUAGUCUAAACGUGACGUCAUCAAGCUGUAACCGCAACCGCUCAUAGUUGGUUGAUUUAACAUAUCAUGCAUCGUACUUUCUCAGUCUAAUGUGGUAAUCCCAAUAAUAACGUUAUUGCAUUAUUGUUAUGUUUAUUGUUAUGUUUCAAAUCUUUCGCAGCCGGCUUGCUAUACCUUCAUAUGAAAACUGUGUAUUCAGAAAACGAUUGACCAAUCACAAGAAUGAUUGACCAUUAGAUCAUGUACCUCAUCAUCGUAAUAAGAACAUGUGACAAAUAGAUGACUUUUAUUCUAUUCUUGCAAUUGCAAGAGCUAUUAUUCCCUGAUGAUCCAUCAAUGAUUUUGUUCUCGCUGCCUUGCAGCUAAAUGGCACCUUACGCUCCACAUUGGAGUCCUUUUUCCCCUUUCGUCAAGACCACUAUUUCAUUCGAGAUGUGUACUUCUAAACUAUACCAUAAUCAUGCAUUGAUACCUUUCCUCAUCCAAUCGUGACGUUUAAAUAUGAGGGUUUUUUUAUGAGAUGGCGGCCUUUCACGUGAUCUGCAUAUUGUACUCAGUAACAAGGUUCUACUAUACUAGUCCUGA